AUGAACAGCACAAAGGGAAGAACAACGAUCGAUGUUGGGACUGACGGGGUGGCCAUCAUCACCAUCAUUAACCCACCUGUUAACUCUCUAUCCUUGGACGUAUUAAACAGCUUAAAAGAGAGUUACGAUCAAGCUUUGAGAAGAGAUGACGUGAAGGCAAUUGUCGUAACAGGUGCACAACGCAAGUUUUCUGGCGGAUUUGAUAUCAGUGCAUUUGGUAAAAUCCAAGGAGGAACUGUUGCUGCACCGAAGCCAGGUUUUGUGUCAAUGGAGAUUCUAUGUGAUACUGUGGCAGCUGCAAGAAAACCCUCAGUAGCCGCAAUUGAUGGUCUUGCAUUGGGUGGAGGAUUAGAAGUGGCAAUGGGUUGCCAUGCGCGCAUAUCUACUCCUAAUGCACAACUAGGUUUACCAGAACUGCAGCUUGGGGUUAUUCCUGGAUUUGGAGGAACACAGGCACUGCCACGCCUUGUAGGUCUAGCGAAGGCACUUGAAAUGAUGUUGACAUCAAAGCCUGUGAAAGGGCAGGCGGCUUUAAGUUUAGGCCUUGUGGAUGCCAUAGCUUCAUCAAAGGAAUUAGUGAAUACUGCUCGUCACUGGGCUCUUGAUAUUUUGGAGCGAAAAAGACCUUGGAUAAACAGUUUCUACAGGACUGACAAGUUAGAACCUCUAGGUGAGGCAAGGGAAAUACUUAAUUUUGCACGAGCUCAGACCCGUAAACGGGCUCCGAACCUCAAGCAUCCAUUAGUUUGCAUUGAUGUUAUUGAGGAGGGCAUAGUUUCUGGUCCUCGCGCUGGGCUUUUGAAGGAAGCUGAAGCAUUCCAAGGGCUUCUGCAUUCAGACACUUGCAAGAGUUUGGUCCAUAUUUUCUUUGCCCAACGUGGUACCACAAAGGUUCCAGGGGUCAGCGAUCUAGGCUUGAAGCCAAGGCGAAUCAACAAGGUAGCAAUACUUGGUGGAGGGCUUAUGGGUUCUGGAAUAGCAACAGCUUUGAUUCUUAGUGGUUACUCAGUUAUCCUGAAAGAAGUCAAUGACAAGUUCCUACAAGCUGGUAUUGAUAGAGUAAAAGCAAAUUUAAAAAGCCGUGUUAAGAAAGGGAACAUGAGUCAAGAGAAGUAUGAGAAAACUCUUUCUUUACUCAAGGGUGCCCUUGAUUAUGAAAGCUUUAGAGACGUGGACAUGGUCAUAGAGGCUGUCAUCGAGAACGUGUCUUUGAAGCAGCAAAUAUUUUUAGAUCUUGAAAAAUUUUGCACCCCACAUUGCAUACUUGCAAGUAAUACAUCCACUAUUGAUCUAAAUCUUAUUGGGGAGAAGACCAAGUCUCAGGAUCGUAUUAUUGGAGCCCAUUUUUUCAGUCCAGCUCAUGUGAUGCCACUUUUGGAAAUUGUUCGUACCCCAAAGACAUCACCUCAAGUAAUUGUUGACUUACUGGAUGUUGGGAAGAAGAUAAAGAAGACGCCUGUCGUGGUUGGAAAUUGCACUGGUUUUGCUGUCAACAGAAUGUUUUUCCCAUACACUCAAGCAGCCCUAUUACUUGUUGAACGUGGUACAGAUAUCUACCAGAUUGAUAGGGUAAUUACGAAAUUUGGAAUGCCGAUGGGUCCAUUCAGAUUGUGCGACCUUGUGGGUUUUGGCGUUGCAAUUGCUACUGGUGGUCAAUUUGUUUUGAAUUUCCCAGAGAGAACUUACAAAUCAAUGUUGAUACCGCUUAUGCAAGAGGAUAAGAGAUCUGGUGAAACUACUCGCAGAGGAUUCUAUGUUUAUGAUGAGAAACGCAAAGCCAACCCAGAUCCAGAAAUAAAGAAAUAUGUUGAGAAGGCGAGGGAGAUUGCUGGUGUCACCAUUGACCCUAAGUUGACAAAAUUAUCGGACAAGGAUAUUGUGGAGAUGAUAUUCUUUCCUGUGGUGAAUGAGGCUUGUCGAGUGCUCAAUGAAGGUAUUGCAGUUAAAGCUGCCGAUCUGGACAUAUCUUCUGUUAUGGGCAUGGGAUUUCCUCCUUACAGGGGAGGGAUCAUGUUUUGGGCGGAUACUCUUGGAUCUAAAUACAUUUGUUCGAGAUUGGAGGAGUGGUCGAAUUUGUAUGGAGGAUUCUUCAAGCCCUGUUCUUAUUUGGCCCAGCAAGCUGCAAAGGGAGCUCCCCUUAGUUUAAGCGUGGAUCAAGCAAAGGCUCGCUUGUAA